AAGCCACCAAGCUUCAUCUACCGUCUCAGUUAUUCAGAACCCAUACACGACUGAACAACAUUGUGUCUCGCCUAGUUCAAGAUGGCGCAGCAGUUCGUUCAGGCCAAAAUCAAAGGCGACAAAGUGGUUGUCUUCAUUAAGCCCACAUGUUCGUACUGCAUCAUGGCCAAGGAUGUUUUGUCCAAGUACCAGUUCAAGCCGGGACAUUUGGAGUGUGUUGAUAUCAGCACGCACCGAGACAUGGGCAGCAUGCAGGACUACUUCCUGGAACUGACCGGAGCUCGCACCGUCCCACGCGUGUUCAUCGGGGAGGAGUGUGUUGGAGGUGGCAGUGAUGUGGAAGCGCUACAUGACAGUGGAAAACUGAAGGGAAUGCUGCAAUCCAUUGGGGCCCUGCAGUGACCUUUGCUGGACCUGCAGGUGAUGUCACAUGACCAUACAGCGGGACUUGCGUAAUUUGCGUCGCCGCUGCUGAUACUCGCUGAGCUCCUGCAAAUAUCCUCUGGACGGCCAGCGCAGCCUCUCCACCUGCUCCCGCUCCUCCUCUGGAAGACACCCACACAUACACGCAUAACUUUCCUGUACUGUACACAAUUUCGCAUCCUCAAUGCUGGAAUGGAUGUUGUUUACUCUUUACAUACUACGCUAUUGCGCUUGACCUUUGGCCUUUCUCUUGUGCCCUUCAGUGCCCGUCCGAUGACAGUAAAAAGUCUUGUAUGCAUAAGGGAUGACAAUAAAAUAUGCUAAUGAUACAAACUUGCACCAAGUUGAUUUACUCACCUGCAGGAAGUACCAGGUCCUUAGUAGCGGCAGCAUGUUUAUUAUAGGGGAGGCGAGGCCUGUCCUCAUAACAAAUUUUGCUGGACCAUAAUUGUCCGAGAAAUUAUUGCCAACAACCGAUAUUGUCAAUAUUUUGAGACCAUUUUUCAUGAAUGUAAUGAUAAUAUAUGGCAUAAUAAUGCGAGUACACCGUAUCAAAAGCAAUAUACUUUAAUUUCUCAAGAGUAUUUAACAUUGCAAUUGGAAUGUCCCAAGCUUUUAAAUACAAUAAAUCCUAAAGACAAAAAAAACAAUGAAUAUAAAAUGGGACUCUCAGUCUCUCUUGGCAAAAACUGCAUUGGAAAUAAAAGUCACAAUCGCAGUAUUUCUGAUCUGA